GAAUGGACAUACUGUAGUCACGAGUCCUUUUCCACAAGCUGCUCAUCUUUGACGAGAAGGAGCCUAGAAAAUACAACUACUGGAUUUCCUCUGUUCUAAGGGACUCAUUUAAUAUUUCAGUGUUAAAAGGAGUAUUUGAAAAUUCCUGCCAACCAUUGAGAAUUUCUUCCUUUGGACAUUUUUCUUCUACUUACUACAUAACUUCUUGGAAGUUCCUUUUUUGGUGCCAUGUUUUGUGGCUUACAUCAAAAGAGGAGUUUGUCUUCAUGAAGAUUCCUAACAUUGGUAAUGUGAUGAAUAAAUUUGAGAUCCUUGGGGUUGUAGGUGAAGGUGCCUAUGGAGUUGUACUUAAAUGCAGGCACAAGGAAACACAUGAAAUUGUGGCAAUCAAGAAAUUCAAGGACAGUGAAGAAAAUGAAGAAGUCAAGGAAACGACUUUACGAGAGCUUAAAAUGCUGCGUACCCUUAAACAAGAAAACAUCGUGGAGCUGAAGGAAGCCUUCCGUCGGCGGGGGAAAUUGUACCUGGUGUUUGAAUAUGUCGAAAAAAAUAUGCUUGAAUUGCUGGAAGAAAUGCCAAAUGGAGUACCACCUGACAAAGUAAAAAGCUAUAUCUAUCAACUAAUCAAAGCUAUUCAUUGGUGCCAUAAGAACGAUAUUGUCCACAGAGAUAUAAAACCAGAAAAUCUCUUAAUCAGCCACAAUGAUGUUCUGAAACUGUGCGACUUUGGUUUUGCACGGAAUCUGUCAGAGGGCAAUAAUGCUAAUUAUACAGAGUAUGUGGCCACCAGGUGGUAUCGAUCCCCAGAACUCUUACUUGGAGCUCCCUAUGGGAAGUCUGUAGACAUGUGGUCAGUGGGCUGUAUUCUUGGGGAGCUUAGUGAUGGACAGCCCUUAUUUCCUGGAGAAAGCGAAAUUGACCAACUCUUUACUAUUCAGAAGGUGCUAGGACCACUUCCAUCUGAGCAGAUGAAGCUCUUCUACAGUAAUCCUCGGUUCCACGGGCUCCGGUUUCCAGCUGUUAACCAUCCACAGUCAUUGGAGAGAAGAUACCUUGGAAUUUUAAAUAGUGUUUUACUUGACCUGAUGAAGAAUUUACUGAAGUUGGACCCAGCUGACAGAUACUUGACAGAACAAUGUUUGAAUCACCCCACAUUUCAAACCCAGAGACUUUUGGAUCGAUCCCCUUCAAGGUCAGCAAAAAGGAAACCUUAUCACGUGGAAAGCAGCACAUUAUCUAAUAGAAACCAAGCCAGCAAAGGUGCUGCUUUACAAACUCACCAUCGAUCCAACAGCAAGGACAUUCAGAACCUAAGUGUGGGUCUGCCCCGGGCUGAUGAAGGCCUUCCUGCUAAUGAAAGCUUUCUGAAUGGGAACCUUGCUGGAGCUACUCUGAGUCCAAUGCAUACCAAAACCUACCAAACAAGCACCCAGCCUGGGUCUUCCAGCAAAGAUCUCACCAACAACAAUAUGCCACACCUUCUUAGUCCAAAAGAAGCCAAAUCCAAAACAGAGUUUGACUUUAAUAUUGACCCGAAGCCUUCAGAAGGCCCAGGCACAAAGUACCUGAAGUCCAGCAGUAGAUCUCAGCAGAACCGGCAUUCAUUCAUGGAAAGCUCUCAGAGCAAAGCUGGAACACUGCAACCCAGUGAGAAGCAGAGUCGGCACAGCUAUAUCGACACCAUUCCCCAGUCCUCCAGGAGUCCUUCCUACCGGACCAAGGCCAAAAGCCACGGAGCAUUGAGUGACUCCAAGUCCGUGAGCAACCUUUCUGAAGCAAGGGCCCAAAUUACAGAGACCAACACCAAUAGGUAUUUUCCAUCCAGCUGCUUGGACUUAAACUCUCCUACCAGCCCAACGCCCACCAGACACAGUGACUCAAGAACUUUGCUUAGCCCUUCAGGGAGAAAUAACCGAAAUGAGGGCACACUGGACUCACGCCGAACCACAACUAGGCAUUCAAAAACCAUGGAGGAAUUGAAGCUGCCUGAGCACAUGGACAACAGCCAUUCCCACUCAUUGUCUGCACCUCAUGAAUCCUUUUCUUAUGGGCUGGGAUAUACCAGCCCCUUCUCCUCUCAGCAGCGUCCUCAUAGGCAUUCCAUGUAUGUGACCCGGGACAAAGUGAGAGCCAAAGGCUUGGAUGGAAGUCUGAGUAUAGGGCAAGGGAUGGCAGCCAGAGCCAACAGCCUGCAGCUCUUAUCACCCCAGCCUGGAGAACAACUCCCUCCAGAGAUGACCGUGGCAAGACCUUCUGUUAAAGAGUCCUCCAGAGAAGGCACCUCUUCGUUUCAUACCCGUCAGAAGUCUGAGGGUGGAGUAUAUCAUGACCCACACUCUGAUGAUGGCACAGGCCCCAAAGAAAAUAGACACCUCUACAAUGAUCCUGUCCCAAGGAGAGUUGGCAGCUUUUACAGAGUGCCAUCUCCAAGACCAGACAAUUCUUUCCAUGAAAAUAAUGUAUCAACUAGAGUUUCUUCUCUACCAUCUGAAAGCAGUUCUGGAACCAAUCAUUCUAAGAGACAACCAGCAUUUGAUCCAUGGAAAAGUCCUGAAAGUAUUACUCAUUCCGAUCAACUCAAGGAAAAGGAGAAACAAGGUUUUUUCAGAUCAAUGAAAAAGAAAAAGAAGAAAUCUCAAACAGUACCUAAUUCUGAUGGCCCUGAUCUUCUGACAUUGCAGAAAGCUCUUCACUCUGCUAGCACUACAAGCAGCAGGCCAAAGGAAUGGCGCCCUGAGAAACUAUCAGAUAUACAGACCCAAAGCCAGCCAUUAAAAUCACUGCGCAAGCUGUUACAUCUCUCUUCAGCCUCAAAUCACCCAGCUCCCUCAGAUCCCCGUUUCCAGCCCUUAUCAGCUCAACAAACCAAAAAUUCUUUCUCAGAAAUUCGUAUUCACCCCCUGAGCCAAGCCUCUGGUGGGAGCAGCAACAUCCGGCAGGAGCCCACACCAAAGGGCAGGCCAGCCCUCCAGCUGCCAGGUCAGAUGGAUCCUGGUUGGCACGUGUCCUCUGUGACCAGGAGUGCCACUGAGGGGCCUUCCUACUCUGAACAGCUGGGUGCCAAGAGUGGGCCAAAUGGGCACCCUUAUAACAGAACAAAUCGCUCACGAAUGCCAAAUCUGAAUGAUUUAAAAGAGACAGCCUUGUAAUUUGUGCUGGGGUAGGGGGAGGGGAAAAGCCAGUUGGGAGGGGAGGGCGCGGGGUGGGCUAGGGAGUGGGCUGGGCCUGGGUGGUAAGCCAGUAUUCUCAGCUUUAUGAAGGUGUGUGCAAUAUUGUACAUGUGAGGCCAUCUGGCUCCUCACAGCUACAAAUGCUAGUCAGGGAUCUUAGAGCCAAGGGAAUUCCUUAGGGAUCACCACUCCCCACAGGUCUUGUGUGAGAAUGGAUAGAGUGUACCAUUGAGGAAGAAGAAAUUCUUGCCAAUUUCUCCCCCUUACAUUCCAGCUUUAGUGCAAUCUCUGUUGAACUUGGGAAAGCCAGGACGUGUCCUAGCACUGCAAGGGAUAGAAAUUCAUGUUGACCGAUGACCUUACCACGUAUUUUUUUCUGCCUAGACUAAAUGUGGGGUUUAUUGUAAUCCAAGAGUAUCCCUUUGAAGGGUUAGCAGAUAAACUGUAUGUCUUAAAUUGUUUUCUAAGCUUCCAUAUUUGAUAGGAUUUGUAACAUUUAUUUAUAAUUAAUAUUGUACUGUUAUAAUCAUACCUUUUAUGUUAUAAUGUAAAGUUAUUUUGAGCUGUUUGGAACAUUGUGAAGCAGUGGGACAGCUACAGUAGUUUCUAUAAAAACUAAACAGUAACAUUU